AUGGGAACCAGGAGAAGUUAUUAUUACGAUAUCAAUAAAAAGUACCUCAUGUUAAUCGGUCAGUGGCCUUAUCAGAAGCCGAAAGAGAAGCUAUUUUACUUUACGUUUAUAAUAACACUUGCAUUCUCUUCAAUCGUUCCACAGGGGGCAAAAUUUGGCGUGUGCGAAACCGCGCAGUGUAUCUACGAAACUUUACCUCCAUAUAUGUUAGCAAUGAUGGUUUUAUGGAAAAUUUUCACGUAUCAUUUUAACAGCGAAAAAAUUAAAGAUCUCACAGAUCACUUAUUCGUAGACUGGGAUAUUCUCGAAACUAAGGAAGAACACGACAUUAUGAGAAAGUAUGCCGAGAAAGGCAGAUGGUACGCGCUGAUAUACGGAUGUAAAUUCGUUCAAUUUCUUGAGAGUACCUUUACGAUAUCGUUGGCUGUGCAACUUCUGUUAGUUACAAUUGGCUUGAGUAUUACUUUAGUACAAUUCUCGAUACAGCUGCACGAUUUAGCGGAAGCGACGAGGUACUUUGUUUUCAUUUUUGCUCAAUUAUUCCACCUGUUCUGCUUCAGCUUCCAAGGACAAAAAGUGAUAGAUUAUAGUCUCGAAAUUUGUGACAAGAUAUAUCAUAGCUCGUGGUAUACUAUACCCGUAAAGGAACAAAGAUUGCUCAUGUUCGUGUUGAGAAAAAGUAUCGAGGCUAGUGUCUUGUCCGCCGGCAAGAUAUACAUAUUUUCUCUAGAAAGUUUCACGACGAUUAAAAGUCUUACUGACCAACUGUGUGACGAUUGGAAGAAGUUGAAUAGCGCGGAGGAAUAUGAAAUUAUGAAAAAGUAUGCCACGAACGCAAGAUUGAUUACUGUGGUAUAUUUGAUAUAUAUUUUUUUUUGCUCUUGGUUGUUUACAUUAAUUUCCUUCAUGCCAAAAUUAUUGAACAUCAUAUUAUCCCUCAACGAAUCCUUGCCUAUAAGUAUGCCUUACAAGGCUUAUUACUUCGUGGACGAAGAAAAAUAUUAUUUCUACAUUUUAUUUCAUAUCUUUGUGUUCACGUCUAUAGCUAUUAUGGCGGAAGUCGCGCACGAUUGCACUUUUUUUAUUUACAUUGAACAUGUCUGCAGUCUCUUUGCUGUGGCUGGAUUUCGUCUUGAGACUGUAUCACUUAAUGACCGUAACAAUGCGAAUAAUCGUCUAGAUCGGAAGAUCUACAAUCGGAAAAUCGCUAUCUCUAUUCAUGCACACUGGCGAGCUAUACGAUUCGCGGAGAUUCUUGAAGACAUCUUUUGUAUUGCUUUCGCAGUACAAAUGCUGAUAGUUACUAUAACAUUGAGCAUUACUCUGCUACAAGUUGCGUUACUGCAAGGUGAAAUUAAUGAAACGUUCAAGUACCUGGCGUUUAUCUUUGCUCAGGUGAUACACACGUUCUGCUUCAGUAUACAAGGACAGAGAUUGAUUGACCACAGCUCGCAAUUAAGCGAUAAAAUAUACAAUUCCUCCUGGUAUGAAAUACCUGCGGAAUUACGAAGGCUGCUUCUCUUCGUGAUGCGAAGGAGCAUGCAACCCAGUUUUUUGAACGCCGGCAAGAUUUAUGUCUUCUCUUUGAAGAGCUUUACCACGGUAAACAUUAUUUAG